AUUACGUAAAGAAGCGGAAGAGAAGUAGAAGAAAGAAAAGCUGCUUCUGCUCAGAGCACAGACUCGCUGCUGGAUCGGAAUCCGAUUCCCCGAUUCCUAUCUUUCUCGUGGGAUUUCCAUUCCAGCUGAAAAAUCGAAGGGUUAGAAAAGCUGCUUCUGCUCAAAGCGCUUCUGCUUCUUCUGGUCAAGCUGAAGUUGUUAUUACCGAUCCCAAGUUCGUCUUCUUCGUUUCGGCUUUCCGACGUUGAUUUGGCUCCGACUGGUGCAGAAAUGGCCAAGCGUGCUUACAAGCUGCAGGAAUUUGUGGCGCAUUCAGACAGUAUUAAUUGUCUAAGUAUUGGGAAAAGGGCGCGUCGGCUUUUUGUUACUGGUGGUGAUGAUCACAUUGUCAAUCUCUGGACAAUUGGCAAAGCCACUGCUUUGAUGAGGUUUGCAGGUCAUACAAGUCCAGUUGAAUCCGUAGCUUUUAAUUCGGGAGAAGUUUUGGUGCUUGCUGGAGCUUCAUCUGGUGUGACAAAAAUAUGGGAUCUUGAGGAAACAAAGAUGGUUCGCACACUAACUGGACACAGAUCCAGCUGUACUGCUGUUGAAUUUCAUCCAUUUGGUGAGUUCUUUGCUUCUGGUUCCAUGGACACGAAUCUAAAGAUAUGGGAUAUUAGAAAGAAGGGAUGCAUCCACACGUACAAGGGUCAUACUCAGGGCAUUAGUACUAUUAAAUUCACUCCCGAUGGUCGCUGGGUAGUUUCUGGUGGGUUUGACAAUGCUGUAAAGAUAUGGGAUCUAACUGCUGGGAAGCUCUUGCAUGAUUUUAAAUUCCAUGAAGGACAUAUUCGAUCCUUAGAUUUUCAUCCCCUCGAGUUUCUUUUGGCCACAGGUUCAUCAGACAGAACUGUAAAAUUUUGGGAUUUGGAAACUUUUGAAUUAAUUGGAUCAUCGAGACCUGAGCCUACAGGAGUACGUGCAAUUGCUUUUCAUCCUGAUGGGAGGACCCUGUUCUCAGGAUUGGAUGACAGUUUGAAGGUUUAUUCAUGGGAACCUGUAAUAUGUCAUGAUUCUGUUGAUAUGGGAUGGAACAGACUUAGUGACUUAUGCAUUCAUGAUGGGAAACUGUUGGGCUGCUCAUACUAUCGAAAUUCUGUUGGAGUUUGGGUUGCGGAUAUAUCGCUUACUAAGCCAUAUGCAGCUGAUUCAACACCUGGGCAUGAUGACUGUGCAGAUGAGAAACCUUCCGUUAAACUCCCGGAAAUUGCGGGGAAGGUAGAGAGUGGUAUAAGAAAUCCGGGCUUGCGGUGUAUGUCACCUGAUUAUGACACAAAGGAAAUAAAAAACAUAUAUGUGGAUUGUAGUGGAGGAAAGCCAGUUGCCUCGCGGAGAAUGGAUUCUCCAAAGGUUGUACCCUCUUCGGAUUCAAAGGCAAACAGUGCUGCGAAGCAGAAUCCUUCAGUACGGUUGCCUCCAAAAUCUAAUGAACAAGUAGUCAAUAAAUCACUGGCUGUGCCUAGUAUUGUACCACGGAGCAGUCCUGAUGAAAAAGAUACAGCUAACCCUGGAGGGGAUGGUGUUGCACUUUCGAGGACCAGGCGUGGUAUGUUGCUCAAACCUGCUCAUGCAAGAAGGCCAUCAAAUAGCAAAAUUGACUUCGAGAAGCUGCCGUUAGAUAAUGCAGUGGAUCUUAACUCUCAAACCAAAGGUGUAUCAGAAGAUACGGGUAGAGAGUCCAGUGAGGAAAAGCAUUCUGAGAUCAAGAGUGUAGAAGAGAAAUUUGAAAAAGUAUUUUCACCAAAUAAUCCCUCCAAUCUUGAAGCCAGAAAUGGAUCCCUCAAUUGCAGCAAGGACACGAACUCUGUUAAAUUUGUGAAUGGAGUUGCCGUUGUUUCAGGAAGGAUUCGCACCCUGGUUGAGCGGUUUGAAAGGAGAGACAAAUUUGAUGGUAAUGAAGAUCAAGCAACUAGCAUAUUGAGUCCUGUGAUACCUGAAGAUCAAACAACUAGCAUAUUGAGUCCUGUGAUACCUAAAGAUCAAACAACUUGCAUAUCUACUCCUGUGAUACCUAAAGAUCAAAACAACUUGUGUAUUGAAGCUAACAUCUCUAGACCUGUGAUACCUGAAAGGGACACAGCAUCCACCAUGCUGAAAGAAGGACCUCAAAUUUCUGGGAGGCAUAUGAUCUGUACGAACAAUGAGGGUCCUGAAGAUUUGAUGCAAACUCACGACGUAUUUCUCAGUACCCUUCGUUCCCGCCUGACAAAACUGCAGGUGGUGCGGCAUUUUUGGGAACGGAAUGAUAUUAAAGGUGCUAUCAGUGCUAUCAGGAAGCUGCCAGAUCAUUCUGUACAAGCGGAUGUUGUUACUGUUCUUCUGGAGAAAAUGGAUUGUCUCACAUUAGAUCUGUUUUCUUGUUUGCUUCCUGUGCUUCUGGGCUUACUUGAUAGCAAGACAGAAAGGCAUGCAAAUAUUUCGUUGGAGAUGCUAUUGAAGCUAGUGGCAGUCUUUGGCCCAGUCAUCCACUCAACUGUUUCAGGACCUCGACCUGUCGGUGUCAACCUUCAGGCAGAGCAAAGGCUGGAAUGCUGCAAGCAAUGCUCCAUCCAUCUGCAAAAGAUCCAGAAAAUUCUUCCGGUCUUUGUCAGGAGGGGUGGUGUGCUGGCAAGAUGUGCUCAGGAAUUGAAUCUAAUUAUUCAACAGUCAUAACAGAUUCCGUCUCACCCAAAAGUGCCAAAGGAUGGCUUGGCUUGCAUCCCGUAACAAGGGGGCCGCACAUACAACACCGCUCUACAUUAACAUUCAUGCCAAGUCGCAGUUUCUCCUGUUACAAUUUUGUUUGAGGAGUCCCCUUCGGCUUUUGUCAAUAACGGAAUGCAAAAGUUCAAGAGUUUUGUGAGGAAAAGCUUGAAGUAAAUAUCUUUCUCUUAGAGCUUGUACACUCACCGGUUGGCAUCCCUCCAGUUCGAUAGUCUUUGGCAUUGCUUGAAAAUCUUCUGGUUUCAAUGCUCCGAUGUGGGGGAGAUCGCUGUUUGUACCUUAACGAUGAUACAUGUACUCUGAAAUUUCUAGUCCGUCAAUGAUAUAAAUACAUUCGUUUGUUCA